GCCUGUUGGCUGUUGGGACCCUGCACGGAACCAUGUGCUGACUCCCGAGGGAAGAAAGAAACUUCACACCACCCACCUCUGUUCAACAAAAACUACUCCCCACUUCCCUCCUCUCCCCUCUCACACACUCUCUCUCUUUCCCUCUCUAGCUUUCGCAUGAUCGCAUCCAUGGAGAAACCCAGAAUUGAACCAGAAGCUCAAAUACCUGCAACCUACAAAAUUCUUUCACCCAACAGCAGUGGAAGGAGGAGCAGCGCUUCCAAUUCGCCUGAGUUCGAGUUCUGGAUGGUCAGAAACCCGUCUUUCCCACAACUCAACCUCCACUCUGCUGACGAAUUAUUCGUUGACGGCGUUCUGCUCCCGCUCCACCUCCUUUCUCACCACUCCGACCCACCUGACUCGGAACCCAAAGCCAAUGCAGAGGAGAUGCACACUACAGAACCCGAUUCAGAGCCUGGGCCAAGACCACAGUCAGCAGCGUUGUUAUCCGAGUCACCGCCUGUAUUUUCGACAUCCAAGCGAUGGAGGGACAUUUUCAAGAAGGGUGAAAGGAAAGCGGCAGCCGUGGCAUCCUCUACAACCACCAACAACCAUGAAGACAGAGACAAAGACAAGAAAAAAGAAAGGAAAAGUAGCAGUGGCGCGAACGCGGCGGAGCUCAACAUCAAUAUAUGGCCAUUCUCCAGGAGCCGUUCGGCUGGGAAUAGCGGCAACCGGCCAAAGAUGGCCGCUGGAGGGGCGGCUUCCCGGAAGGUUAGUAGCGCUCCUUGUUCACGCAGUAACUCAGCUGGGGAGUACAAGUUCCGGAAAUGGCCAAAUAGUCCUGGACGAGGUGGGAUCCAUGUGGGGAGGAGUAGCCCAGUUUGGCAGGUACGGCGUGGAGGCUCCGGCGCAAGAAGCUGCGAGCCUCUGGCUUGGAAUGCCGAUAAAGGAGUAAAGAAGGAAGGAUUAGAGAGUAGGCGGAGCAAGAAUGUUGGUGGUGGUGGAGCCAGAGCUAGGGUUUUGAAUUUGAAUGUUCCGAUGUGUAUAGGGUACCGUUCCCAUUUGAGUUGCAGGAACGAUGCGAGUAGCGCCAUUGGUAAUGGUUGUGGUCAUGAACAGGGCCGCGGUGUUAGCUCUGCUAAUAGUGGAAACGGGGGUAACCUCUUUAACCUACGAUCCCUCUUCUCUAAGAAAGUGUAUUAACUGCAAGAUCCCUCGCUCAGGCUCAACUUCCAUUUCUGUUCUUCUUUCUUAUGCACAACCCCCCGUUUCCGUGUAAAUUAAUUUUUAACUUUUUUAUGUUGAUGAUGAUUGAUGAUAGAUGAUUACUUGUUUGCUUCCUCUGUAUUAACCUAACAUUGAAAAAAGAUAGAUAAAGUUGAUUGUUUUUGUUUCUUUCUUUUUUACUUUUGGUAAAUGGGUGUACUCUUAUGCUA